UGUCGUACGACUUUAUUUACAAAGCCAGCCAGCCAACUCAUUACUCCGACAUCACGUAUUGCACCCAUAUAAGAAUCGAGACGACGCUGAGCCGUGUUUAGUAUCAACGAAGGUUCGAGACGCUACGGCUAGUACGAUUGUAUACAUAUCUCUUUCUCUUUCUUCUUCUGUUAACAUUACGAAGUCCAAGUCAAUUUGGGGAUUUGAUUGAAUGUUGAACCUGUCGAUUUCUUUCUCGCGCAAUCGACGGUUCGAUUGGAUAAUCUAACUUCAAUUUUGACUUUCUCGAUCGAGACAUUCAGAAAAGUUGAAGGGAUUCAUUUGUGCCUGGUGACGUUUGAUAUUAACUUUUUUGAUAUUUUUGAGAGAAGAGUACGUUACUUACAUUACGCGAUCUGCGAAUCUUCAUGAUGUCUUUUAAUAGACAUUGCCGAAAGAGCAUUCUUCUAACUAGACAGCUUAUGGAUAGUGCAGCUGAUAAAGAUGGUGGAAAUGUAACAAGUAUCACAGAUAAAUUUCUGCGCUCUCUAAAUGAUCUAAAGAAAGUCAACAUGUCCAUGCAGAAUCAGUGGAAAUUCCUAUUGCAAUUGAAAGAUUAUUUGAACAAGACCAAUGACAAGAAUCAACAGAUCAGUGUUUCAAAGGAUUGGCUGGAUAGUUUGCAAAAAAUAACCUACUCACAGCUUGAGACGAUACGAAAAUUGUCAUCAUCGGAGUCCAGCAAAAUCACUGAUACAAAUAAGAACUCAGAUACAAAGCCUAAAGACAGUAAUGUAGAAAAUGUGAAGCUAACAUUAAUGUCCGAACAAGCAAGGUCAUUCCUUCAUCCUGAUUCUGCAACUAUGCAACCAAAAGCACGGCAGCAACAAAUUCGUGAAGGUACACCUGACAGUAAAGUACAAUCAAAAGACAGCUUAACUGUGCCACAAAUUCUCUCCGCGUUGUUCUUCAAAUUAUCUCCGAAAACUACGCAAAGCGUCGCUAUACCAAAGUGGAAGGUGAAUAUUCACAACAAUAUUCCGAAGCACAGCAUUAUUUCUCGUACGCGUCACGUUUUGAACAGCAUCGAAUCGGCCGAAUCGAAUGCCUCGAAGCUGCGGCGAAUAGAAGAUUUGCUGUUGCAUGUUGAUCAGUAUCCAGAAGCAAGGCAUUAUGCGAUCAAGGAAGGAGCGAUUAAGGUCUUGCUGCGAACUCGUCAAAAAACAAAAGAUGAAGAGAUUAAAGCAUCUAUCAGAGAAGCGCUAGCUGUAAUGGGUUACAUUGAUCCCUUGCCCGGUCGGGGUAUCAGAAUUCUUUCAAUCGACGGCGGUGGCAUUCGUGGAGUAUUGGUUAUAGAGAUGUUGAAGAAAUUGGAGGAGUUGACAGGGAAAAAGACAUAUGAAAUGUUUGACUAUAUAUGUGGGGUGAGCACAGGAGCUAUUCUCGCUGCUGUGUUAGUAUUGCCAAAGGAUGUUUUAGAAGGAGGACACAAGAGAAAAUCAUUAGACGAAGUUUUGACAUUAUACAAGGAAUUGAGUACUAGAGUGUUCACGCAAAGUGCUAUAAAAGGCACAAGCAGUUUAGUUUGGAGUCACGCAUAUUAUGAUACUGCGUUGUGGGAACAGCUGUUAGCAGAGCACUUAGGCGACAAAAUUCUUAUCAAAACCACGCGCGACCCAAAUGCACCAAAGUUUUCAGCAAUAUCCGCCGUAGUAAAUCAUGAACGCGUUAUGGCUUAUGUGUUUCGAAAUUAUACACUACCGCACAGAGUGGAGAGCCAAUACAUGGGAUCUCAUAAGUGUAAAUUAUGGGAAGCCGUGAGAGCAUCAGCUGCUGCACCAAGUUAUUUUGAGGAAUUUAAAUACGGCGAAUAUCUUCAUCAGGACGGUGGUAUUCUGGUAAAUAAUCCGUGCGCCGUGGCGAUACACGAAGCUAAACAACUGUGGCCGAAUAAUCCAAUUCAAUGUGUCGUAUCAUUCGGAACAGGUCGAAUUCCACAUCAUAUCUACGAAAACGAAUCUUCGGAGGUAGCGAUAUCAAGUUGGAAAGAGAAGUUCUACAAAAUUUUGGACAGCGCCACCGAUACAGAAGCUGUGCAUACAAUGCUCAACGAUCUGCUACCUGACCAUAUUUACUUUAGAUUUAACCCUUAUUUAACGGAAAUGUUAUCGAUGGUGGAAAUCCGACCUGAGAAGAUCAAUCUAAUGGAACAAGAUGCAAGAAUGUACAUACGUCGAAACGAAGAGAAAUUUCAAAAAGCUGCUACGGCCUUGUUAGAGAAACGGCAGAUCCAGCAAAAAGUUGCGGAUUGGAUUGCGCUGCAAAGACAAUUAUUCGGCUUAUAAAGAGCGAUACUUCAAAUAUUGACGUGCAUUCCACAACUGCGUUUGCAAAUCACACGGAUAUUUACGGAUUUAUAGUACAAUUUUUUUACCUCUUAUGUGCUAUGGCUACAAUUUGAAAUUUUUCAAAUAAUU